AUGGGGCUUGCGCCUCUACUGGUAGACACUUAUCGCAAAUACAAGCAGGGUACAGGCAACUUCGUCCAGUGGCUAGCAGAGACAGCCCGCGCAACUGGUACUGUCAACGAUGUGUUCAAGGAUAGUCAUCAAGGCGCGAUAUCGCCUGCUGGAGGCAGACUGAAAGGAGCUGCUAGGAAAGAGGCAAAGAAAGCCGGGCUGACGCACAAUGCUACCGUCUCAUGUCAGAUCACGACCAAAUCGUUUCUCACACUCGCGAAUUCUAUUUCCGCCGACAAACGCGCGGCCGUCCCGUACAUUGUAUACACAACCCUGCGUGCUGUCAUUCUAGGUCGCAAAGAUUGUGCAAACUGGUACACGUUGACCUCGAAUGCUGGAAACGACACCGUCAUGGAGAACAACGCUAGCCAUAAACACUUCAUCAAGAUUCUGGAAACAGUGCUGGAAAUUCUUCAGACCAAGCAGCCGCGAGCCGGACACCAGCCACUCGAGACCAAGACGGCCGCGCCGAUACGGAAAUCAUAG